AUGACUACCAGAAAAAACAAACUCACAUCUGAAUCAAGGGAUCUCUUGGCUACAAAAGACCUUUUACAAGCCUAUUGUCAAAAAGCAUUAGAUGACAAACUAUUACCCAACACGAAAGAAGCAAGGCAAAAGCGUGCAUUAACACAACCUCGUCUAGAAGAAUUGAUGAAUAAGAUGAUUGCUUCUUUUUCAGGAUGUUUAUCGAUCGUUGAUUUCGAUGGCGAUAUUGAUGCUAGCAAAACAGAACCUAUUAACGAAGAAUUAAGACAAAAGAUCAAGUCAAAAGAACAAGAACUGGAUGCUGUCUUGUUGAAAGCAAUCGACAUGAGAAGAACAGUGCCUCAAAAACAACUGAAUAUUGCACAAGAGAUUUCAGCCGUGAUAGGUCAACAAGCAGAAAAAGCAGAAUUCAAAGUGAUCAGUGAUGAGAAAACCAUGGACCCAAUCACAGUCACAACAGAUACAGUAGAAGCCUACCGAGAUACCAUCAGGCUAUCUAAACAUAUAUUAAAGGCAAGUGGUUGA